GCCGCCCGUACGAGGGUAGAUGGUCCCACUCGCCGUUUUAUUCGUUCGACCUGUUGCUGGAAUUGUGUUGGUGUAACGGAUCUGCAACGUCAUGGCUUCACCUCCCCUGCCAACACCCAAGGUUAUUCACGUCGACACGCGUGGGGCUGUCAUACUACAUGAGGAAUCCCCCGAGACUAGGGACAGUCGGGGGAUCUACUUGCCAAACUACAUCGAGCCUGUGUCGCACAUCGCGGUAGACAUCGGAGGUUCUCUAGCCAAGGUCGUUUACUUCACUCGCUCGCAUGAGCCCCCAUCCUCUCCCUCCAUCGCCGCGACAAACGGGAACAGCGACCACAGCGCGCUUUCCACUCCGCGGUCGCUGUCUCCGUCAGACGAAGCUGGACCAUCGCCUCCGCUUCACCCCGUCGCUUCGCUCUCGAAGCAGAAUGGCGCUCUGACGCCAAUGGUCCUGGAUGCAUCGAACAACAACGGACUCGCCGCGCUCGACCAGAGCUUCCUCCAUGACUCAAUCCUCCGACGCGCGUCGCUCCAACACUUUCCGGGCGGCUCGCUCAACUUUGAGCGUUUCGAAACUGACAAUAUCGAUGACUGUGUUGCGUUCAUUCAAGACUUGAUCGAACGCUCCGCCAAGAUAAACGCUGUCUCCAUCGAGGAGAUGCGCAAAGGCGUGACGAUUAUGGCUACUGGGGGAGGCGCACAUCGAUUCUACGAAUUGUUCAGCGGGACGUUGGGAGUUCAGGUCCGACGGGAGGACGAGAUGGAGUGUUUGAUAGAGGGACUGAAGUUCAUUACGCUUAUCCCGGACGAGGCGUAUUUCUUCUCUGACGAACUCAUCCAGUCUGUCACGCACGGACAUCUGGGAGCGGGCAAGGGCCACGAACCAAACGGCGUCAUAUUGGAACGGCCGAGUCCCAAUCCACCGAGGUUCGCGGUCACGUUUGAAGGCAACCCUUCACCACAGCUUCCCUGUCUACUUGUGAAUAUCGGCUCUGGCGUCUCAGUGAUCAAAGUCGACGAGGACGGGAACUUUGAGCGCGUGAGCGGGACGAGCCUCGGCGGUGGAACGCUUUGGGGUCUGCUCAGUCUCUUAACUCCUGCCGGAAGCUUCGAUGAAAUGUUAGAGCUCUCUGAGCAAGGAGACAACGCCACAGUCGACAUGCUUGUUGGUGACAUCUAUGGCCAAGACUAUAGCAAACUCGGUUUAAAGUCCACCAUGAUCGCCAGCUCUUUCGGGAAGGUGUUCAAGAAAGGACAAGAGAAGCGUCAUUUCUCCCCUGAAGACAUCAGCAAGAGCCUUCUAUACGCGAUCUCGAACAACAUUGGACAAAUUGCUUAUAUGAAUGCGGAGAAAUACGGAUUAGAUAGGAUAUAUUUCGGUGGCUGCUUCAUCCGCGGACACGCUGCAACCAUUGCUACGCUGUCAUAUGCAAUUCGAUUCUGGAGCAAGGGAACGAAGCGGGCUUUAUUCCUGCGACAUGAAGGCUUCCUCGGUGCCAUCGGUGCUUGGAUCAAGAACAUCGAUGGUGAUAAUGGGUCCGAGAUGGAAGAAUCAUAAUUCUACAAGCAUUGAAAGUUGAUUUGCAAGGGAUCUCCGUUACGCCUAAUUCUGUUAUUUAUCUUGGUGUAAAAGCUGUAUCGUUAAUUGUAUCAUAGAAUCUGGAAUCAUACUCACUACCCUGCAGUGAAUCGCAGGUUCGAUG